AUGUGUGACAACAAGGAAUACAAGUUGGUCGUACUUGGUUGUGGUGGUGUUGGGAAAUCCGCACUUACUAUUCGCCUUGUGACCGACAAUUUUCUUGAAGAUUAUGAUCCAACUAUUGAGGACAGUUAUCGGAAACAAGCAACAAUUGACAAUAUUCCUGCAUUGCUCGACAUUCUUGAUACAGCUGGCCAGGAAGAAUAUACGUCCAUGCAGGAUCAGUGGAUGCGUGAGGGCAAAGGAUUUCUAUUGGUCUACAGUGUCACCAGUCGAAGCUCAUUUGAUGACAUUGCUGCCUUUAAGGAUAAAAUCUUACGAGCGAAGGAUGUGGACAAUGUACCCAUUGUACUGGUUGGUAACAAGUGUGACUUGGAAUGUCAACGACAAGUGGCAGAUGAAGAGGGCCAAGAGCGUGCAGGGAAAUGGGGCUGUGCGUUUAUGGAGACGAGUGCCAAGGAGAGAAUAUUGAAUGAAGAAUGCUUUUACCAGGUGGUGCGUGAGAUCAGGAAAGCUGAGCGUCCUGCACCCGUGGAAGAGCCGCAACCGACCCAGAAGCCACCGAAAAAGUCUGGGUUCAGGUGCACCAUUCUAUAG